AUGCUGCCGGGUGCCAGCCAUGAUCCCCACGACGUCCUCGGGCUCUUCGUCGUCUUCGGCGGCGGCGCCCACGCCACCGGUGUGGCCCAGCCCCAGCGCCAUCGGCAGCAGCGACGGGAUGUUCCCGGGCUCGGGCGGCGGCUCGGGGCAGCAGCAGCUGGCCAUCAGCAACGGGGUGCUCCUCGCCGCGGUCAUCUUCCUCUUCAUGGUCGUCGUCUUCGUCUUCCUGCUCUACCUCUACGCCAAGCGCUACCUGGGGCGAACCCGCUCCUGGCGCCGACCUCGCCGUCGUCGCGGUUCCUCUUCGUCGCGUCGUCCCCGCUCCCGCAGCGCGGCCUGCCCGCCUCCGUCCUGCGCUCCCUCCCCGUCACCGUCUACGGCGCCGGUGCCGGCUCCCCCAAGGACAAGGAGAAGGACGCGCUGGAAUGCGCGGUGUGCCUGUCCGAGGUGGCCGACGGCGAGAAAGUGCGGACGCUGCUCAAUUGCGGGCACGGGUUCCACGUGGAGUGCAUCGACAUGUGGUUCCACUCCCACGACACCUGCCCGCUCUGCCGCGCCCCCGUCGGCGCCGCCGGCGACCUCGACGCGCUGCCGCGGGAGGAGCCCUCGGGCGCGUCGCUGGAGUUCCCCGUGUUCCCCACCAACGUCCUCUUCUGGGGCACCCACGACGAGGUCACCAACGCCGGGCUCGCCACGCCCCCACCCCCGCCGCCGCCCGUCGCCAGCGCCAGCGCCGCCGCCGCGCGCUCCUCGGCCUCCACCGGGCUCAGGAAGGAGAACCAGCUGGUCAUCGACAUCCCGACGCGGCCCGUGGCCCUGAACACGCCGCCCAUGAACUCCCCGCUGCCGGCGAGCCGCAUGCCCGGAACCGCCGACGACAUGCGGUCCCCGGUCUCCGCCAGGCUGCGGUCGCUGCGCCGGCUGCUGAGCAGAGGCAAGCAGGCCGUGGUCGGCACAUCCUCCUACAGCCCGAGCCCGCGCGGCGGCGCCGGUGACAUCGAGCAGGGGCUCGCCGGAGCCGAGGCCGCCCGCCCGCCCAAGACGCCGAAGACGCCUCCGUCGUCGGCGAACUGA